AUGGAUAUUCCUAGAUCCUUAAUCGUACCUUCUAAGUAUGAUUUCUCUGGUAUUAGACCGGACGAUGAGAACGGAUACAAUCAAGACUUGGAAAUCAGCAACUAUGGCCUUAGUAGCCAGGAGACAUCCAAACAGCCCAUGCCGACUAAGAAGAAUGAGUAUAUUGAUAACAAUGACGUAAACGAAUAUGGUAUGAUAUUAGAAAACAUCUCAUUGGCAUCAAAUUGCCACACAGGUACCAGUUCCAUUAACGGUGUUUCUAGAAAUGAGCAAAACUUUUACUACGAUCUCGAGGCUAGUAAUGAGCCCCUUAUAACAACAACAGAUAUCACCACACAAAGUAAUCAACAUGUAGAUGUUGGCAUAAGCCAUUCCUUUAAUGACCUACCACAUUUUCCAACGAUAGACUCAAACUUUGACUCGAAGGAAGAAAACACAUUAGGAACGGUUGAUUUAAAUAACUUGCCCAAUGAUUCUUUUGAACUAAACUACCAGCAGAGAUUCAAAGAUAUUAAUGAGACUGGGCUGCCUAAUGCAAUUUCGAGUGAAGUUCUAAAUUCACAUCCAUCUACCGAUGUAAUUAAACAAAAUGUUACACAAUCAGAAUUCGGAACCAAAAGCGACAUUUGCAACAUAUCGAGCUUGAUUCCAGAAUAUGGACUGUUAGACAGGGGUCAGUUAGUGAAUCUCAAUAUCGAUUCUAAUGGUAUCGUGAAUAGUGAUGUUCAAGAGGAAUCGCGACAAGCACGGAACACAGCGGUAGGUAACGAAUUUGACGACAUUGGCUAUCUUCCAGCUAAUGGGGUUGAAAAUCUGGUGUUGAAUAACACGGCAAGUACACAGGAGGGUCAAAAUAGGACCAUGGAGUCAUUCAACCUUCAGAGUGGUGGUCACAAUAAUGAGCUUUGGGGAAGUGGACUUUCUAAUAGUUCCUUAACAGAGUUGCUGUUCAGUGACACUAGCUUCGUAGGAGUGGAGAAAACAAAUCAACUUUACACUGAGCACCGACAUUCUGCGUCAUUACCAGAGCUAUUUGCUACUUCUAUGUGCAAUAGCGUUGAUUCAAUCACCGGUCAUGGACCCCUAAAACAUAAAAGAGACUUAUCUAGCCAACUAGAGGCCAGAAAACCUUCAUAUAACUUGGCAAACUCAUCGCCUUAUAAUAAAUCCAAAAGGGCAUCAGCACCAAUGCCUUUUGGCAGACCAAUACACACAAACAAGAGGCAUUCUAAUGAAACUAAAUCCAUGACACAUUCAAGGAGCAGCAGUAUAGGGGCCAGAACAGUGUCGCGGAAGCGAGCCCGCAAAAAUAAAGGUGUUAACCGAAUUCAAGGCGAUACUGGAAAUGGCAGUAGUAGCUACACAAGUAGUGCUAGUCGAAGUAGUGCAAGCAGUCGGAGUAGUCGCAGCAACAGCAUCAGUCCUUGCGAGCCAGCUUUGUAUGAAAGUGAUCUAUUACAAACCGAGCCAAACAAUACAUCUAACAACAGCAACGGAAGUGAAACAGCGAAUACAGCUGCCAGUCAAAAGGGUGAUACCAUUACUCUGAGGCAGCCAUCAUUUGCAGAGGGUCGAGAAGAUGUUGGAAGUUUUGGGUUCAUUAAUUUCCGGAAGCCAGGAGCAUGGACAAGAGUGAAACCGCAUAGAAAUGACAGUAUAUUAGACGAACGGGACUGA